UACAGUUCAUUGUAAUUUCCUUUCAAUUCUGGAGUCUCUACGGUUUCGCGUUAGUGAUAUCUUUCUCACGCAUACAAUAUCUAUUUCGUAAGGUUUAUGGGUCAAGUGUUCCGUUAUCUACAUUAGAAUACACUUUAUUUGUUAAUUACGUUAAUGAAUAACAUUUUGAAUUACAUGACAAAGAAUGGUUUCCGACUGUUGAAACGAAGCAUGACUGGAUUAUCUCAAAAUGCGGCCUCGGUAGAAGACUACAAUCUACAAAAAGUAUUACUCGUUUCAAAAACAACUCGUUUUGAGGCCGAACAAAAUUACUACUCGAAUUCAGACGAUGCGCAUAUGCGAGAAUUGCUGUUGGAACGAGGCAGUGCGUAUUUAUUGCGAUCCCACGAACAACACAAGAAAUUCGAGAAAGAGCUGAUCAAAUAUUUGGAGAAAUCCAACGUUGAAGUGAAAAUUGUAGACAGGUAUGAACGUCCAAAAGAGUUAAUAGACUGGGCUGACACAAUUAUGAGCGUUGGUGGAGAUGGCACUUUUCUUAUGGCAGCCAAUAAGGUAGCUGAUCAGUCGAAGCCGGUGUUCGGUUUUAAUUCAUUCCCGGAGAGAUCAACCGGAUAUCUGUGUCUUCCAAAAGCUUGUUCGGAUGAAAUUUCUAAAACCAUCAAUGAAAUUAAACAGCGUAGAUUCACUUGGGCUUAUAGAUCACGAAUAAAGAUUCAAAUUCAAGGCAAAAAUAUCAAUACUAAGCCAUUCGGUUUACACGAUAAAUGGUCCAAUAGAAGAACUCACAUUGACCAAAAUAAUUCACCAGAUAAGACAAAUAAGACAGAUGAUACAUUCGAUGUACCAUAUUUAGCCCUAAAUGAGGUUUUCAUUGCUGAAAAUUCGCCUGCUACAGUAUCAUAUUUAGACGUUUCUGUCGACGACGGCGAAUACAUAACUACGAAAAGUUCCGGUAUGUGUAUUUGCACCGGUUCGGGUUCAUCGUCGUGGAAUUACACGAUGAAUCGAAUUUCCGAAGACGUUGUUCGAAAACUGUUUUCAAUCAGCGGUCAUAACAACGAUAAUAUCGACGAAAUAGUUGAAAAGUACAACUCUUCGUUACGUUUCAAUUCCGAUGACGAUAGAAUAGAUUACACUAUUCGAGAUAUGAUACCGAUGCCGUGCUGGCCUAAAAUGCCCAAUUUACCGCCGAAAGCCUUCGCUAAAAAGAUCGCUAUUCGGUCACAAUGUCGUGAAGGAAGUAUUGUUAUCGAUGGCGGAUACAGUUAUGCGUUCAACGCUGGCGCUACCGUUAUUCUGCAAACCGAUCCGACGAGAAAGUUGAAAACGAUUAGAUUAAAUGAUCCGGUCUUAUGCCCAGAUGAUUGUUGAGUUAUAGUUUAGAUUUUUUAUUGUAAUUCAUGAUACGAUAUAUAUAUUUUACAUUAUUUUUAAUUUUGAAAAUUUAUUAUAAAAAUGAUCUACCAGUAUAAAUAGAAACACGUACACGAAAGUAUUUAAAUAUUGUUUCCUGUAUUUGAGUAUUUUGUUUUUUUUAAAUUGUUUUUUUGAGCUUCCAAAUUUUUGAGGAAUUACAGUUUUGUUAACAUUAUGAUUUAUGAA